CCGCCUCUGGUUGUCAAGAAGAUGGCAGCUUCCAGGCAGGCAUGAGAGGAAAUACUUCUUCACUAAGCGAAUGAAUUUGGAUUAUUGCCGCCAGAUAAGACCACACAUCCGUGCUUUUUCGACUACUGCAUCGAAAUAAAAGUCAUGUCUGCUCCUGGUUCCGCGGUGUCGGUCCUGCAGCCGCGGUGGAAGCGGGUCCUCGGAUGGUCCGGUCCUGUCCCCCGGCCCAGACAUGGACACAGAGCUGUAGCUAUAAAGGAGCUUAUGGUUGUCUUUGGCGGUGGAAACGAAGGGAUAGUGGAUGAAUUACAUGUAUACAACACCGCAACAAACCAGUGGUUUAUCCCAGCGGUCCGUGGCGACAUCCCCCCCGGUUGUGCUGCCUAUGGUUUUGUCUGUGAUGGCACAAGAUUGCUGGUGUUUGGUGGUAUGGUGGAGUAUGGAAAGUACAGCAACGAUCUCUAUGAACUACAGGCCAGCAGAUGGGAAUGGAAAAAAUUGAAAGCAAAAAACCCGAAGAAUGGGCCCCCUCCUUGUCCUCGUCUUGGCCACAGUUUUUCCCUGGUGGGCAACAAAUGCUACCUGUUUGGUGGCUUAGCCAAUGACAGCGAAGACCCAAAAAACAACAUUCCCAGAUACCUGAAUGAUCUGUACACACUCGAGCUUCGUGCGGGUUCCAGUGUGGUUGGGUGGGAUAUUCCAAUUACAUAUGGAGUCCUGCCUCCCCCUCGUGAGAGCCACACAGCUGUGGUAUACACAGAAAAGACAAGCAGGAAAUCACGCCUGAUAAUCUAUGGAGGGAUGAGCGGUUGUCGUCUCGGAGAUCUUUGGACACUUGAUAUUGAUACCCUGACAUGGAAUAAACCAUCAGUAAGCGGCACAGCACCACUUCCCAGAAGUCUUCACUCUGCCACCACCAUCACAAACAAGAUGUAUGUUUUUGGAGGAUGGGUUCCUUUGGUAAUGGAUGAUGUCAAGGUGGCCACACAUGAGAAGGAGUGGAAGUGUACAAACACUCUUGCCUGUCUAAAUCUAGACUCGAUGUGUUGGGAGACAGUGUUGAUGGAUACUCUCGAAGACAACAUCCCCAGGGCUCGUGCUGGCCAUUGUGCUGUGGCAAUCAACUCCAGACUAUAUGUUUGGAGUGGCCGUGAUGGUUAUCGUAAAGCUUGGAACAACCAAGUCUGUUGUAAAGACCUCUGGUACCUGGAAACAGAACGGCCACAUGCCCCUGCCAGGGUGCAGUUAGUCCGUGCCAACACAAAUUCUCUGGAGGUGAGCUGGGGUGCCGUAUCCACGGCUGACACCUACUUGCUGCAACUGCAGAAAUAUGACAUCCCUGCAACUCCAGCUGCAGCUUCACCAGUCAUGAGUGCAACCCCCUCGCAGCCUGUGAACUCUCCAAAGAGCCCCGCACCAGCUGCUGCAGCACCCUCUGCUCAGAGCCUACCACAGACAGCUGUAUUAAAGGUUGCAGCUCCGCAGGCUGCCACAGGCGCAUCUGUUGUCACAGUACGCCCCAGCCAGCCUGGGAAAUCCCCUGUCACUAUGACAUCCCUUCCUCCAGGUGUCCGAAUGGUAAUGCCUGCCCAGACCACCCAAGGAUCGCCAAUUGGAAGUAGCCCUCAGAUGAGUGGCAUGGCAGCUUUAGCUGCUGCAGCAGCAGCAACACAGAAGAUCCCGCCCUCGUCUGCAGGCACUGUCCUCAAUGUUCCUGCAGGUGCCACCAUUCUCAAAACUGUAGCGGUUUCCCCCGGCACAACCACAAUGAAAGUGGCAUCUCCGGUCAUGGUCAGUAACCCAGCCACCCGGAUGCUAAAAACUGCUGCAGCCCAGGUGGGCACAGCAACUGGGUCCUCUCCCACCACCACCACCAGACCCAUCAUCACUGUGCACAAGUCUGGUGCAGUCACAGUGGCCCAGCAGGCCCAGGUGGUAACCACUGUGGUGGGAGGAGUUACCAAGACCAUCACUCUUGUCAAGAGUCCCCUCACCAGUGGAACUCUGAUCUCCAACCUUGGCAAGAUGAUGUCUGUUGUACAAACCAAGCCAGUGCAGACAUCAGCUGUCACAGGCCAGACUUCCACUAACCCUCUCACACAGCUCAUACAGACAAAGGGUCCCCUCCCAGCCGGAACCAUUCUGAAGCUGGUGACAUCUGCAGAUGGAAAGCCCACAACCAUCAUCACCACUUCCCAGGCAGGAGGCACAGGAAACAAGCCCCAUAUCCUCAACAUCAGUGGCGUCUCUCCUACCACCACUAAGCAGGGCACCACAAUCAUUAAGACCAUCCCCAUGUCGGCCAUCAUGAGCCAGCCUGGAGCCACAGGUGUAACAAGCAGUGCAGGAAUGAAAACGCCUAUCACAAUCCUCACCACAAAGGUGAUGACUACUGGAACUCCUGGUAAAAUCAUCACUGCGGUGCCCAAACUUGCCACAGCAGCUGGCCAGCAGGGACUGACACAGGUGGUUUUAAAGGGCGCUCCUGGGCAGCCAGGAACUAUUUUGCGCACUGUGCCCAUGAGCACAGUAGGUGGUGUACGACUUGUUACGCCAGUGACUGUGUCUGCUGUAAAGCCUGCUGUCACCACUCUGGUUGUCAAGGGGACUACUGGUGUCACCACUCUUGGGACGGUCACUGGUACAGUCUCUUCUAGCCUGGCUGGGGGCACUGUGGAUAGCUCCAAUGCAUCUCUGGUUACCCCCAUCACCACACUGGGAACCAUUGCUACCUUGUCCAGCCAGGUCAUCAGCCCAUCUGCGAUAACUGUGUCCACUGCUCAGACCAGUCUGACUUCUGCUUCCACACUGCCCUCCUCCACCAUCACAGUGCAGAACCAGCCCACCCAGGUGACUUUGAUCACAACUCCCAGUGGUGUAGAAGCCCAACCAGUCCAGGAUCUACCAGUGUCUAUUCUGGCAUCACCAACCUCUGAGCAGCCCAGCUCCACGGAGGCUGGAGCCGCUGGAGAGGGCUCGGGGACCGUCACCUUGGUCUGCUCUAACCCGCCCUGUGAGACCCAUGAGACGGGAACCACCAACACAGCCACCACCUCCUCUGCUGCAAUGGGAGCAGGGCAGGUGUGUUCGAACCCACCCUGCGAAACCCACGAAACAGGAACCACCAACACAGCCACAACGGCAUCUUCGAACAUGUCUGUGCCGCGCGUGUGCUCCAACCCACCAUGUGAGACUCAUGAAACUGGGACGACAAACACAGCUACCACAGCAUCGGCUAACAUGGGAGGAACCCAGCAGGUAUGCUCCAACCCACCUUGUGAGACUCACGUGACAGGCACCACCAACACAGCCACCCAGGCAUCUUCUAACAUGAACGCAGGCCAGACUGGCACAGUACAGAGGGUGUGCUCCAACCCGCCAUGUGAAACCCACGAGACAGGGACCACCAACACCCCGUCCACAGCCACCUCCAGUAUGGGAGGAGAACAGACCAGCACACCAGCAGGCGUGGUUCAGAGGGUUUGCUCAAACCCACCUUGUGAAACACACGAGACUGGGACCACCAACACAGCUACCACUGCCACCUGCAAUAUGGAGACAGGCGAAGGCACAGCAGCCCAACAGACAGAGGAGGGAGCAGAAGGCACCAGCAGCACAGAAGUGGCCUCCUCCACUGCAGCAUCUGGCAUGGUUACCACCACCCAGGGCAGGGCGAUCACUACCGUUACUCAGUCCACACCAGCUCCUGGACCCUCUGUACCUUCGAUCUCGUCAAUCACAGAAGGAGUGACUACUGCUGCCAGCUCUACAGAGGAACCCAUGCAGACUGAUGAGACAGCGUCAGCAGAAGCUGCACCGGCAGAGGAGGGACCCGCUGCCAUGGAGACACAAGCAGAGGGAGAAGCAGCAGCAGCGACAGCCUUGAACCUGCCUUCAGAGCUUAUGUCUGAGGGCCAGGGAGCCACGCUGAUGGUAACAGGGCUGUCGGACGAGGAGCUGGCAGUGACUGCAGCAGCAGAGGCAGCUGCUCAGGCAGCAGCAACUGAAGAAGCUCAGGCCCUCGCUAUUCAGGCUGUCCUCCAGGCUGCCCAGCAAGCUGUAAUGAAUGAGAGUGAAUCAGCUGGAGAGAGUCAGCAGCCCACCAACAUCCCCAUCAUGUUGACCCAGCAGGAGCUUGCAGCACUGGUACAGCAGCAGCAGCAGCUGCAGGAGGCUCAGGCUGCUGCCCAGCAGGCCUCCGUAGACACAAGCUUGCCAACUGAGGGUCUUGCCCCUGCUGACAGCCUCAACGAUCCUUCUGUCGAGAGCAAUGGACACAAUGAGAUGGCUGCUGCAGUCACUAGUGCUGUGGCGUCUCUGCUGCCACGCACCACAGCUGAGACACUAGCUCCAUCAAGUACGUUUGCACCGUCUGUAUCGGUGGCAAGUCCAGCCAAGCUGCAAGCAGCAGCUGCUUUAGCAGAAGUCGCCAAUGGCAUUGAGGGAGAAAAACAAGCUCCUCAGCCAACCCCAGUGAAGCCUGUUGUAAAGAAAGAGAACCAGUGGUUUGAUGUUGGAAUCGUUAAAGUCACAAAUAUGGUUGUCACCCACUUUUAUGUGCCAGCAGAUGAUUCUCAAGGAGAUGAUGACUCUGGCAUCGUGCCAGACUAUGGCCAGAUGAAGAAAAUGGAGCUGCAGCCCGGAACAGCUUAUAAGUUCCGUGUUGCUGGAAUCAACGCUUGUGGUCGUGGAUCUUUCUCAGAGAUAUCUGCGUUUAAGACUUGCCUACCAGGGUUCCCAGGUGCACCUUGUGCCAUCAAAAUCAGCAAGAGCCCAGAUGGUGCCCACCUGACCUGGGAGCCACCCUCGGUGACGUCGGGGAAGAUCAUUGAGUACUCUGUGUACCUGGCCAUCCAGAGCAACCAGACAGCUGAAGCGAAGGCCUCCACCCCCGCCCAGCUAGCCUUUAUGCGUGUGUACUGUGGACCCAACCCCUCUUGCCUGGUGCAGUCGUCCAGCCUCUCGAACGCCCACAUCGACUACACCACCAAGCCAGCCAUCAUCUUCCGCAUCGCUGCCCGCAACGAGAAGGGCUAUGGUCCUGCCACCCAAGUCCGAUGGCUACAGGAGUCUGGUAAAGAUGCUGCCUCUGCAAAACCGGCCCCCAAAAGACCAGGCACCUCUCCCGAUACUAAGGCUGCUGGUCCAAAGAAAGCAAGGACGGACCAGUGAGGUUGCCCAGAGACCCCUCCCAGUCUUUUGUCCUUUUUUCAACUUGGUGUCCUUUUAUCAGGAAGACUGACCUUCACCCCUCCACCUCUUCAUCCUCAUCCUAAUCUCAUCCUCCACCCUCAAGUCUCAGAUCAAGACAGCAAUGGAGGCAGAACAACCGUAUGAAGCCGAGAUGAAAGUCAAUCUGAGAGAUGUUUCUGUAGAUAAAACCCUCCUUCCUCGUUCUGUUGGUCGUACUAUUUUUAGAGCAACACAAACUUAGAAGCACAUUAUCUUUUUCAGUCACAUCCCCUUCCAUCCUUUUAACAUCUAUUUUUGGCUUGUUUCAGUAGUUGAGCAGUAUAAAGAAGCAUUUACAUCUCUCACAAACUGGGAGCCAGCCUGAGCGCAACAAUGUUACUAUUUUUUUUUUUCUUCGUCUUUUGUUUUGUGAAUCCUGGGGGGGAUGUAGAGAGAGACUACAUGAAAUGAUGUACAGUGUUGAGAAAAAAAAGGCUGUGGAGUUAUUAGUUUAGAUGAGAGGAAAAAUCGGUAUGGAAACAAAUAAAGCACUUGUCCUCAAACGAAAGAGGACAUAAUUUUUUUCCUUUCUUUUUUGCUCAAAACAAAUUUGCUUCAUCGAGAACCAAGUCUGUACUGUUGUUGUACUGGACUCCAGUCUGCUGGUAAUGUCAUCACUGUGCGCUUUUUACCCAAGAUGAGGACUGUUGGCCGACACUUUGAAGUGGACAAAAAAAAGAAUGACAAAGGAAGAGAUUUGUAGAGAAUUAACGACAGACUUUGCUAGGACUGAGACUUGCAGCACACACACAAAAAAAUCUUGCAAAACCUUCCCAAAAAAUUAGCAAGCAAUGAUGCAGAAGAUCUUUUGUGUAGUUUAUUUUUGUAUUUUUUAAGCUUUUUUUUUUUCCUCCUGUGUGUAUGUGUAUGUUGUGCAUUUUUAAAGCAUCACUUUUUUUAACUGUUGUUCAUCCCCAUAGUUUGUGUUCGUGGGAAGAUGGGUGGCUGUGUUGAGGUUGCCACUAUAUUUUUAAAAAAAAAAACCUUCAUUCAGUUGGUCGUAUGUUCUUGUUGUUAACAGACGGUAAUGAAAGAGAAAGACUUUUGUAUUUGUUCAAAGUAGAACCGCAGAGGUUAUAGGACUGAAGGGAACUUUGAAGUGGACCCAGGGAGAGGAGAGUUUUUACUUUUGUUUACUUCAACUUACUCAAUGCUUGUUUCUUUGUUUGCCAAACAUGGAAUUUUCACGGUGUAUGAAGAAGACAACAUCACAUCUUUCAUACCUUUUUCCCCCUUUAACAUCCCAACCAGUUGUCCUGCGCUUUUUAUGCUCAUGAAUGUGGUAUUUCACCUCUUUAAUUUUUAGAAUGGCAAAUUAUAUUAGUAGACAUUUUCCCUAUCCUAUUGAUGUAUGUGAAUCCAUUUAAUAAAUUUUAAUUUUU